AUGGAUCAAGCAGAGGAGCUGGAGCAGAUUGCUGCCUGGACGAGAGAGGAGGGACUGGGUCCUGACGCCUCGGUGGAGGCCCGGCUGUGUCUGCUGUGGCGUGUCCUCCAGCACACCAGGAGCCGCCUGAGCUGUGUGACGCAGGAUCUGGAAAGGCAUCGGUCACAACACCACGCCGAACUGGCAGAGGUGCGCAAGUCUUUGGAGCAGAUCCGGUUCUUCACCGAGCACAAAGAUGUUCUGGCUCAGGAGAUACAAGACGAGAACGAUCAGCUCAGAGAGCAGCUGAGGCGCAUCGUAUCAAUUCAAGAUGCUCAGUUGAGCGAGGUGGCUAAAAUGCUGUACCAGCAAGGCCUCACAGAGCUGGUUCACAGCAGCCCCAGUGAGCAGGUGGCUUACCUCCUGGUGGAGAGGACUUCUUUGCUUGAGCUGACAGAGGAUCCUGACAAGCUGACGGGUGACGGAAAAGCAGAGAGCUUUGUGAAGGUGGAAGCGCAAGCACCGAACACCAGUGGGAGCCAGUGUACCCACAAGAGGGCCCCACGCCACUUGCAAGGUGGAUGGAAGAGACUUUUGGGGCUCAGCAAGGCUACACAGAGCAAACAUGCUUUUAUCCCAGCUGAGGCCAGACCUUUGGCUGGUGAUGGAAGCAGCUUGCAGAAGGCGUGUUCCCGUUUGGAGCGGGAUCUAGAAGAGGGCUCCCGUAGGUUGGCCAUGGCCCACAAGGAGAUCCGCCGUUUGACUGACGAGCUAGAGUCUGCUCAUUUGACUAGAAGAGCAUAUGAGCCAGAACUGCAGUCUGCACAACAGGAGGUGGUGCAGCUUAGACAGGAGGUCGAAAAACUGAAGAAGUAUGAAAUGGCAGAGCUACGGAAGGCCAAAGACCUGAAUGAUCGCCUGGACCUCGAGAUUAGAGCUCUGAAGAGCAGGGUGCGCUCACUGGAUGCUGAGAGAAGCUCUCUCCAACAGAUAGUCGUGUCUCUGCAGGUGGAGGCUGAGAGGAUGGAGCAGCAGGUAGAGCUGGACCAGGCUGCAAAAAUGGCUGAACUCGAUAUCCUGCAGAAGAAGAGCGAGCAGCUGGAGCAGCAGCAGAAUCACCUCACUGCAGCUCUUCAAGCUAACCAGGAGUGUCAUAUGGAGGAGUAUUCUGCUGUGAAGACUACAUCACUCAGUCAACAUGGGUGUGAAACACUAAAGAAAGAGUUCUGUGAAACUCUUAAAUGCCUUGACAAAGAACGGAGUAAAUACCACAACAUGAAGGCAAAACAAAAGGAGAAACUGUUACGAGCCAAAGAGAAAUAUGAUUAUGAAACCACAUGGCGUGAUGAACAGAUAAAAAGUCUUGAGAGAGAGAUGUCCUUGUGUUCCCAUUCAUUGGCGAAGCAGGAGAGAGAGCUGGUGACAUGUAUGAUGGAGGAAAAUGAGAAGCUGCUCUCUGAGAGGAGAAGGCUGUUGGAACAGCUCAAUGAGGAACAGCACAACAAGGAAGAUAGUAUUCGAAUAGCUUCUUUGUCUAAGUGCAGGGUGGAUUUUUUAGAGAUGGAAAACAGGAAACUGGGAAACAAAAUAUUGCACAUGUCCAACCAGAUAGCCGUCCUGGAACGCAGCCUGCAGAACCUGCAGUCGCAGCACUUUGCUGAGGAGCUACAUAAAAUGUCAAAUCGCCUGCAGAUUUUUGCACCUCUCCCUGUGCACACGUCAAGUUUCUCUAAGGUGGCUCCGUCUGAGACUCUGGAUGGUACACAUAACAGUCACACCAAGCAGACAGAUGUUACUACUCAUUUUCAGUGUAGCACAUCAGGAGCCUUACGGCAAACAGGGGAGCUUGGCUACCUAAACCUGACCUCCACACAUCCUCUGGGGCUACUCAGCUCCUCAGUCUGCGCUCAACAGCUCUGA